AAAUGAGUGGCCAGAAGAUCGGCAUCGUUGGCAGCGGUCUCAUUGGGCGUGCCUGGGCCCUGCUCUUCGCCUCCGCCGGCUAUCGGGUGCAGCUGUACGACAUAGUGGAGUCGCAGGUGGCCACAGCACUCGACGAGUUGCAGCAGCAGUUGCAGCAACUGGAGGCAAACGGCACAUUGCGCGGCAACUUAUCGGCCCAGACGCAAUUUGAGCUCAUCAACGGCUGCACCCAGCUGCAGCAGCUGGCCAAGGAUGCUCUUCACAUUCAGGAAUGCGUACCGGAACAGUUGGCAUUGAAGUGUGCUCUGUAUGCCCAGCUGGAUGAGCUGCUCGAACCGCAAACUGUUGUGGCCAGCUCAACGAGCACUUUUAUGCCAUCCCUCUACAGCAAGAAUUUGCAGCGACGUAGUCAGAUGCUGGUGGCCCACCCUUUGAAUCCGCCCUACUUUAUACCGCUCGUCGAGCUGGUGCCUGCACCGUGGACCACCGAUGAGGCAGUGGAACGCACUCGGCUCCUAAUGCUGGCGUUGGGUCAACGUCCUGUGGUGCUGAAACGGGAGAUUCAAGGCUUUGUCACGAAUCGCGUACAGUACGCCAUACUGAAUGAGGUGUGGCGUCUGGUCUCCGAUGGCAUCAUUAGCGUCGCCGAUGCGGAUCGUGUGCUCAGCGAUGGAUUGGGUAUGCGCUACGCUCUGAUGGGCUCCAUGGAGACGGCACAUCUGAAUGCACCCGGUGGCGUUCGAGAUUAUUUUCAGCGUUUCGGUGGCGAGAUCGCCGCUGUUAGCGCCACCUAUGGACCAACGCCGAAUAUGUGUGACGAGGCCGCAACCCUGGCGGAAGUUGCUCGACAAUGCGAACAGCUUGUGCCGCUCGAGGCACUGGAGCAGCGACGCGCGGAACGGGAUGAGUUUCUGAUACGCCUAUCAGCGCUCAAGCGGCAGUUGCCAUAAAAAUUGAUUGCCGUAUACUGUAUAUAUCCAUUUGUGUUGAUUAAACGAGCGCACAAUCUCUCCAACCUCCCGUUUGGGUUUGGGUUUGGGAGUAGAGCAUGGCCCACUUCA